GUUCACCUGACCUCCAUGUGUUUGAAGCAACCAGAUGAUCCCACAGGGGAGAACAUGUGGAAAGGCCCUUGGUGGUCGGUUGGUUUGAACACAAGACCUUCUUGCUCGAGACCUUCAGACUUGAACAUGUAUGGCCCACCGGUGGAUCUAUCAUUUAAAGACAUCAGCAAUGUGACAGGUGCACUGGCAGAACAACCCAGAAGUGGGCUGCGGCCUUUAAAUACAAACUCAAAGAGGAAGUAUCUGAGCCGCACUUUGCGUCUCAGUAACAACAACAUCACUGACCUUGUUGGCCUCCAGUACACUCUUGGCUACUUUUUGGCUGAACCAUCACAGCUCGGCUGGCUGGACCUGUCCUUCAACAAACUCACAGGCAUAGAUCCAGUUUUGUGUGAGCUCCGUGAACUGCGUGUGUUGUACCUUCAUAGCAACGGCAUCUGGAACCUGUCAGAAGUAGACAAGCUGGGAGAGCUGCAGUAUUUACACACCAUCACACUACAUGGAAAUGCCAUAGAGAAUAGUAAAGGCUACAGUUUGUGAAAUCAGAGAUUCUUGGCAAGCAAGUAGGAAACAUGUGAUUUCUGCCCUGCCUCAGUUGAGGACGAUGGACUUUAGCGCUGUGACACGCGACGAUCGAGUCUUGGCAAAUGUUUGGCGUCACCACACCAACCGUGGCAGAAACACCAAGGAGAGUCUUCAGUAACUGUUACCAGUUCAGGAAUUAAAGCAUGUUGAAUUAA